UCGGUUUAUGGGAUUUCAUUUGAUGAUUGUCUUGAACAUCUUGAUAAAGUGCUAAGCAAAUGUGAAGAAGCAAAUCUUGUCCUCAACUGGGAAAAAUGUCAUUUCAUGGCAACCGAAGGCAUUGUGCUUGGGCACAAAAUUUCUGAAAAGGGCAUUGAAGUAGACCCGGCAAAGAUAGAAGUAAUUGAGAAAUUGCCACCCCCUUCUUCCAUCAAGGGGAUUCGUAGUUUUCUUGGCCAUGCGGGAUUUUAUCGACGGUUUAUCAAGGAUUUUUCAAAAAUAUCAAAGCCUUUAACCAAUCUUCUCUCAAAAGAUGUGGAGUUUAAUUUUGAUGAAUCUUGCUGCGCCGCAUUUUCAAAACUCAAGUUGGCCUUAACUACUGCACCAAUUAUUAGGCCACCUGAUUGGAGUCUUCCUUUUGAACUCAUGUGUGAUGCAAGCGAUUAUGCCGUGGGAGCCAUUCUGGGUCAACGCAAAGGCAAAGAAGUAUAUGCCAUUUAUUAUGCAAGUCAUACUCUUGAUGAUGCCCAAUCAAAUUAUGCCACAACUGAAAAAGAGUUCCUUGCCAUAAUUUUUGCCAUUGAAAAAUUCCGAUCUUACCUUAUCGGUAGCAAGAUUAUUGUCUAUACCGACCAUGCGGCUAUCAAAUACCUCAUCAACAAAAAAGAUGCAAAACCGAGGUUGUUGCGGUGGAUCUUGUUACUACAAGAGUUUGACAUGGAAAUCCGUGAUAGAAAAGGAUCUGAAAAUGUUGUUGCCGAUCAUUUAUCUCGACUUGAGAUUCCUUGUGAUACCAAGAUGCCAAUCAAUGAUUAUUUCAUUGGGGAACAACUUAUGACUGCUCAAAAUUUUGAUCCAUGGUUUGCCGAUAUUGCAAAUUACCUUUCUCAUGGGGUAAUUCCACAUGGUGCUACACAUACUGAAAAGAAGAAGUUAAAAUAUGACUCCCGCUACUAUCAUUGGGCAGAACCUUUUCUCUAUAGAAGGUGUGCCGAUGGAGUCAUUCGACGGUGUUUGCCCGAAGAUGAAGUUUCAAAUGUCUUGCACCAUUGUCAUUCCUCACCAUAUGGGGGACAUCAUGGAAGCUCUCGUACUGCUGCAAAGAUUUUACAAUCAGGUUUCUUUUGGCCCACUAUUUUCAAAGAUGCAAGCAAAUUUGUGAAAAACUGUGAUCGUUGCCAACGUACCGGUAAUAUUGGAAGAAAGAAUGAAAUGCCUCAACAUGGCAUACUUGAAGUCGAAUUGUUUGACGUGUGGGGGCUCGAUUUUAUGGGGCCAUUUCCAAAAUCAAAUGGGAAAGAGUUCAUCCUUGUAGCUGUUGAUUAUGUUUCUAAAUGGGUAGAAGCAGCUGCCACACAGACAAAUGAUGCCAAAGUGGUGAUCCAAUUCAUUCAGAAAAAUAUUUUCUCCCGAUUCGGAGUUCCACGAUCUUUCAUCACCGACAAUGGUACUCAUUUUUGUAACAAAGCAUUGGAACGUGUCCUUUCCAAAUAUGGGAUUCACCACCGACUCUCAACUCCAUACCACCCGCAAACAAAUGGCCAAGUGGAACUUUCAAACCGAGAAAUCAAAACAAUUCUCGAGAAAGUUGUUAAUCCUUCCCGAAAGGAUUGGGCCGAAAAGCUUGAUGAUGCACUAUGGGCAUAUCGCACUGCUUACAAAAAUCCCAUCGGCACCUCACCAUUCAAAUUGGUGUAUGGGAAAGCAUGUCACCUUCCUGUUGAGGUUGAACACAAAGCAUAUUUGGCAAUCAAGACACUCAACAUGGAUCUUGCAUUGGCGGGUGAGAAACGACUGUUGCAGCUAAAUGAACUUGAAGAAUUCAGACUUGCAGCUUAUGAUAGCUCAAAACUCUACAAGGAGAGAACAAAAGUUUUGCAUGACCGAGUGAUCAGCCGAAGAAAAUUUGAACGGGGAGAUAAAGUUCUUCUAUUUAACUCACGUUACAAAUUCUUUCCCGGAAAGCUAAAGACCCGAUGGUUGGGUCCAUUUGAAGUACUUGAAGCAUUUCCAUCCGGAGCAGUCCAGUUGUUAAACAAAAGCGGCCAAAAACUCAUGGUAAAUGGACAACGGUUGAAACUAUACCAUGAUGGUGAGAGACAAGAGGCAACUUCUGCGUAUUGCCUCACUGAUCCGAAAUAUGAAUGAAGAGGCAUGGGUCAAGCUAAUGACCUUAAACGAGCGCUUCUUGGGAGGCAACCCAAGUUUGUAAAUUUCAAAAAAAAAAAACAAAAAACAAAAAAAAAGCAAAAAAAAAAAAUGUCUAGGUUUUUGUUUUUGGACUCUAAAGGGGCCACAUCCGCUCGAAAAGACAUCUCAACAUCAUCCGUCCGCAAUUCAAGGAAGUUUUCUUUACACUCCUUUAAUUUAUUUUCCACUGAGGACAGUGCAAAUUUUAAGUGUGGGGAAGUGGGUAGUUCGACCCUAAUUUCUUGUGUGAAUAUUUUUUCUUUUUCCUUGCUUGUUUGUGUGAUUUUAUUUUCUUUUAUUUUUAUUUUGUGUGUUUGUUUAGAAAAGUAAAGACCAGUCUUGUCCAAAAUACAACAAUAGACAAACAACACAUUAGUUUACACUUUUUGUUACUAGUUACUUCCAUAACUUUUUAAAACUAUUCAUUCACCUCUUUUGACGAAAUGUGGUUUGAGUUUGAGAAGUGUCACUAUAAUUUUUUGAGAGUAACUUAGUAUUAGCUUUGAACUUGAUUCUUUUUAACACUUUAACAUUAAACACCUUAGAUUUUAUUUUUCCAAUUUAUUGGUUAAUAGUUGAAUUAGUGAAAGUUUAUGCAGAUUAAGAUGUUCAUACAUUUAUUCUCCUUGAAAUUUUAUUUGAACUUGACACAUUUAGAAAUGAUUUAGGCCAUCUUUGUUUACCCAUGAAGCCAAACACUAUCCCUUUGUAAAUAAAUAACACUUUCCAUAGUAAUCCCGUUCGAGCCUUUUCAGUGUACAAGUGUAAAAUAUCUUACUUCACUUGUUACUAAUUCUUUUUUAUUUGUAACCCUGUAAAUACAUAACCUUCUGAAGCCCUAUUCAAAGUUAAUCUUUUCUAAUCCUAGAGUAGAUUGUCUUGUUACUUGAGAGUAAAUAAAUGGAGCUACUAUUAAGUGUCAUAUGAGUGAAGUACAUAUUUGUUUGUAAAUUUUGGGGUUAGUUUUUCAUUGUAAUGUUCAGUGUGUGACCUCUUUGAAAAAAAAAAUCAAAAAAAAAAGAAAAAAAGAAAAAAAAAAGAGAUGGAAAAUUGAAAAAAAAGACAAAAAAAAACAAAGAGGCACAUUAAAUUCUUGUUGUAAUUUCUUUUGUAAAACCCCAUUUUUUUUUUACUUUUCAUGUUUAUAUUUCUCAUUGUUUUGUAUGCUCCAAGUUGUUGUAAAUUCUUGUGAUGAUCCGCUCACUAUUAGUACAAUCUAACUCUCUAUGUAUAUUCUUACACCAAACUUUCCUUCCAACUAGCCACACUCAUUAAUCUAGCCACUCACCGAAAAAAGUCCUAAUUGAUCUAUUUGUGUCAUUUUUUGAAUUUAGCGGAUUGGAGAAACUUGUUCUGCAUAACCCGAACUAAUUUAGAUCUAUAGGUGUUUGUGUUAAAAGUUUGAUUUGAAAAUCUUAGUGAUAGGCAAUAAUACUCGGUUUACUCUCAAUGCGUUAUUUUGUGACAUUUCAGGGUAUUGGACCGUUUAGUGGACAUUAGAGGUGGAUAUGUGAUUUAUUUAGUUAUGUUUGUAAAUCUUAUCAAAUUGUGUAUAUUUUUGUGUUUGUUGUUUGUUUUACUUGAGGACAAGCAAAAGCCUAAGUGUGGGGGAUUUGAUGUACUUGUAUUUUACACACUUUUUAGGCUUAGUUUGUUAUUAAUUUUAGUUAUUAAAAUUCUACUUUUGUACAUAUUUUUAUAAUUUGUCGUUAGUUUGUACUUGUGCAGUCCCUACACGGGUAUUUUGUAUUUUCAGGUACUUUUGAUGCUAUUUGGAUACAUUAGAGUGAACAAAAGAAGAAAAUAAAAGUUCCAUGGAGAAAAUUGAAGAAAAUAAGGAGUAAAUUGAAGAAAAGAAGCAAAAAAUAAAAAUUAUGGAGUUGGGAUUCGAUCCCUGGAGAAAGGGUAGAAGAACGCCUACUACAACCAGUGUGCUAAGAGAUCAAUAUUGUACAUAUUCAGCUAGCAAUUGUUAUAUUCCUUCUGAACGCGGCAAAGAAAAGAACAAAAUGUUGAAGCCGAGAAUCGAUCCCAAGAUCUCCGAGUUUUCCCCUGAAGUGCUUAUCCGUUGAGCUACCUGCCACUGUUGAAACUUUACUGCGCUUUGUUGUACAUAAACUCAUCUGUUCCGUAAAUCCCAGCAAUUAAUGAUUAAUCACCUUAUCAUUAUAUUGCCUUAAUUCAUCUUCCUCCACAGAUAAGCUCGGACCAACCUCUCUCUAAACAUCCCAGAAACAUUUCCUCCUCCUUCUCUCUUCAUUUCUCAACCCCAAAUCAUCAACCCAUCUUCAACCAUAACUAAUCACUUUCUCAUCCAAGAUUAAGUCAAGAUUAGCAUCAAAGCUCCAAGGAUUGUCAUCAAUCACAAGUGAGGAUGAUUUUGUCGAUUGAUGAUUGCUUGCAUGGCCCGAGAGCGAAUUAGUAGUCGCCUUAGUUAUACUAGUCAUGAAAUAAACAUUUACUUUACAAACACUUUAUUUUUAUUAAAUUAGUUGUUAUGUUUUAGUUGCCUGUGCAUCCGGUUGAGAGAUGACCGGAUGUGGCGGUAACACCCAUUUCCCUUACUAAGACUUCCGCUGUACUUUCUUUAGAUUUUCAUUAUCAAUAAAUAAAAGUUUUAUUUCAAUUAUGUCAACGUUUUGGGUGGGAAAUUUGGGGGUGUUACAUCAUCACUCACUGCCUGUCGGUGGACCCUUCGUCCAAACCCGUACAACAGAGAAGAAGGCCCCUCUCGGCCGAGAGAAGGGACUUCAUGAAGAAGGAGGUUGCCAUGCUCCUCUCCAUCAAACAUAUCAAGGAGGUGAAAUACCCCUCACGGCUGGCCAACGUGGUCCUCGCACAGAAGCCGCCCACCUUCCGCAUGUGCGUGGACUAUACAGAUUUGAAAAAGGCAUGCCCAAUGGACCCUUUUCCUCAACCAAACAUUGAUCAAUUGGUAGAUGGGACAACGGGGUGUGAAAUCAUGUCUUUCCUCGAUGCCUUCCGCGGAUAUCAUCAGAUUUUCAUGCACAAGGAUGACGCCGAAAAAACAGCCUUCAUUACUCUCGAGGGCAUCUUCUGCUACCUAGUCAUGGCCUUCAACCUGAAGAAUUCGGGCGCCACUUACACCCGGAUGGUGGCUAGGGUCUUCCAGGCCGUCCUAGGGCGCACCAUGGAGGCUUAUGUUGACGGCACGAUCGUCAAAAGCAAACAAUCAUCGAGCCAUGUCGACGACCCAAAGAAAUGCACCUUCGGCGUGCAAGGAGGCAAAUUCUUGGGCUACAUGGUGAGCCGAAGGGGUAUCGAGGCCAAUCCCGAGAAAAUCCAAGCAAUCAUCG